AUGGACGUCCCAGACAUCGACACAGAGAUUGCCAAAGUGCCAAUCACUUCCAUACACCCAGACUCACCCUCCCAGCUCGACAGGACCACCAGGCUCUCUUCCCCCGAUGACCUCACAGCCAAAUAUGGCCGUACCCAUCGCGGCCUCGCAAACCGCCACGUCCAACUCAUGGCCAUCGCCGGCAGCAUAGGAACCGGCCUCUUCGUCGGGAUCGGCGCCUCUCUCUCCACCGCGGGUUCGCUCUCCUGCCUAUUGGCUUACAUCAUCUACCCGACGCUCUUCAUGUGGCCCUGCAACAUGCGUGUAGCAGAGAUGGCGACGCAUCUACCAAUACGGGGCAGUAUCUAUGAAUUCGCGAGUAGGUUUGUUGAUCCAGCUUUCGGGUUUGCGUUGGGGUGGACGUAUUUCUAUGCUAGUAGUAUGCUUUGGUGUGCGGAGAUUUGUGCGGUGGCGACGGUCAUGGAGUAUUGGGAUUUGGGGGUGAAUAGUGCCGUGUGGGUGGCGGUUGUGAUUGUGGUGUGUUUGGGGCUGAAUGUGUUUGCGGUCAAGUGGUAUGGCGAGAGCGAGUUCAUCUUUGGGUGUACCAAACUCCUGCUCAUCAUUGGGCUUUGUCUCCUCACCUUCGUCACGAUGGUCGGUGGUAAUCCGAAGCACGAUGCGUAUGGCUUUCGAAAUUGGACGGAUGGUAAUGCUAUGCAUGGAUACUACACCGAUGGAGUGACUGGCAGGUUCCUGGGCUUCUGA